ACGACGUCGUUAGAUACUGUCGGUGUGUCAGUGAAGAACUUGAAACGACGACGUUGAACCAGCUUCACAUGCUCCCUCCCUCCCAAUAUUUUUUUUUGUUUCCUCCUCUGUAAAUUGAAGAGUCGCACGAUUUUAGUGGCAAUCUAACAGAAACACUACCUCUCUCUCUCUCUCUCUCUCUCUCUAGAUCCAAAUUAAAAAAAACAAGAAAUUUGUUCAUCUUUCUUCUUGCCCAGAAAAAAGAAAAUUAAAAUUCACAUUUAAAGUUUCAAUCUUUGAGUUGCCUUUUCAGGGUUCUGUGGGGGGGGGAGGAAGUGAAAAAGAUGUUUAGAACCUCGCCACGGAGAGGACAGAGAUCAAAGGGGUUCAAGGUGAAGCAUUGUAUACAGCUGACUCUGUUGCUUGGCGUUGGGAUAUGGUUGCUUUAUCUAGUGAAGCAUUCUCAUGAGAAGAAGGCUUUGUUUGAAGAGAGUGCAAAGGCUGUUGUUGGAGAGAGAGUUGUGAAGCUUGGGAGGAAAGAUCUUCACCCUGGUGUUGUCGUUGAGGAAGAAGCUGAGAGUUUUAAUGAGAAAGAGGAUGAGACAAGAAAUGAUGAGGUUGGGGAGGAUAAGGAGAAGGAGAGUGAAGGAAGUGGGAAUGAUGAUUCUUCGAAUAGUGAAGAAAGCAGUGAGGUUGAGGUGAAGGAUGAGAAUGGAGGUGCAGAAGAAAGCGAGGAGAGUAAAGAGAAGAAUGAGACUGAGGUUGAAGAGAACAAAGAAAAUAGUGGAGGUACCAAAGAAAGCGAGGAGAGUAAGACUGAGGAGAAGAAAGACAAUGAUGGUACAGAAGAGAGUGAGGAGAGUAAAGAGAAGAGUGAUAAAGAGGAGAAUAUAGAGGAAGUGACUGAUGAGAGUGAAGGGAAGGAGAAGAAGGAUGGUGAAGGUGAAGAAGCAAGAGAGAAUAAUUACAAGGGAGAUGAUGCUUCUAGUGAGGUGGUUCAUGAUGAGAAGACUAGUGAGAAGUUGCAAGUGGAGGAAGACAAGUCUGGAGAACCGGAAGACACUGUUAUUAAGAGUGUUUUGUCGACUGAUAAUGAGGGAAGCAGCAGUGAUGAGAAGAACACUGGUAAUGAUUCGUCGAGUGAAAUAAAAUCUGAGGGUGAAUCUAUGGAGAAGAAUGAGAUGGGGGAGAAGGAAGGGUUCAAUGAUUCUAAUGGUGACUUGCCUGAGUCUAAUCAUUCACCAUCUAAUGCAACAGAGACUACAGAAUCUUCUGGGAAUGAUGAGUCUGAGUCUACCAUAAAGACAGGUGAAGAUGAGACCGGAAAGUCAACAGGAUCUGAAGAUGGAACUUCUCAAGAAAGGAAGAAAGAAGAAGAAGAUGGGAAAGAGAAAGUAGAAUCUUCUGAAGUCUCGUCUCAAGAAGAAAGUAAAGACAAGGAAACAGAGACAAAGGAGAAAGAUGAGUCUUCGUCCCAAGAGGAGUCUAAAGGAGAAACUGGGACAAAUGAGAAGGAAGAGUCUUCAUCUCAAGAAGAAUCUAAAGACAAAGAAACCGAGACAAAGGAGAAGGGUGAGUCUUCAUCUCAAGAGGAAACUAAAGACAAUGAAACUGAGACAAAGGAGAAAGAAGAGUCUUUGUCUCAAGAGAAGAAUGAAGACAAGGAAACCGAGAAAGUUGUGAAAGAGGAAGAGUCUUCGUCUCAAGAGGAAGCAAAAGACAAAGAAACAGAGACAAAGGAGAAAGAAGAGUCUACUUCCCAAGAGAAACCAGAAGACAAGGAAACAGAGAAAAUUGAGAAAGAGGAGUCUACUUCUAAUGAUUCACAAGGAAAUGAAAGUAAUGAGAGUGAGAAGAAGACUGAGGAAGACACAAGUGAAUCUAGCAAAGAAAAUGGCAAUACUGAUACUGAACAAAAGCAACCAGAGGAUACUUCAGAAACUACGCAAGCAGAGUCAGAGAAAGAGGAAAGCAACAAGGAUGGUGAGACAGAAGAGGUGGUAACUCAGAACGAUCAAGAACAGUCUGACGCUUCUUCAGACAAUAAUCUUCCUCAAGAAGUGAAAGAUGUCCGUACUGAUCUUGAAACUCUGCCAGAAUCUGGCAAUGGAGGAAGCAGUGAUAACGUUGCAGCUGAGUAGUAGAUGUCCUCAGCUUGAUCACAUAUCCUCUUGUUAAUGUUGUUUAGUAGAGAGAGUUUUACGAGAUUCAGUUUGUUGUCAUGUAAUUUGUUGUAAUCUUUCUUUUACAUAUUGGCUCUUUAUUUUUUACAAUCAAGUUCUUGAAAAUUUACUAUAUGUUGAACUAAAGAUUUUCUUCUUGAUGAUUGUGUUAUUAUGACUAGCAAUUCACACCCAA